AUGAAUGGAAAAUACUCAAAUGUAAUAACUGUUGGUGAUUUUAAUUACACAAAUAUUAUUUGGAGUGAAGACGGAACUAUCGAGCUAAAGCAAAACUGCCAAACAAGUAGAGCAUUUAUUAAUAACUUGCAAAACAAUUAUUUACAUCAAGUAGUUAACAAGCCAACUUUUCAAAUGGCUGUUGAUAAACCAGCAAAUAUAUUAGAUUUAAUAAUAUGUGACGAUCUAGAUUUAAUAAUUAACAUUGAAUAUGAUGCUCCACUUGGUCAAAUUACUAAAAGCCAUUACAUAUUAAAAUGGGAAAUUAACAUACUCAAUUCAUAUGAGAAAAAAUUCAACAAUAAGAGAUUUAAUUUUCGAAACGGAAAGUACAAAGAAAUGAAUCUCAUGUUUUAUAAAGUAAAUUGGGUUAAAAUCUUUGACAAAAUGAAUACAAAUCAAUGUUAUGAAUACUUUUUAAAAAUUUAUGAAAAAGCUUGCAAACAAUAUAUUCUUCGCCACUUCAAACCCACUAGUUCUAUCCAAAAUCCAUGCAUUAAUAAAAAAAUCAAGAAUCUAGUUAGAAAAAAACGUAGUUUAUGGUGCAGAGUUCAUGCUACAAACUUCAAGAACACAAACUUAAAUAAUGAAUACAAACUUAUCAACAAAACAAUUAAAAAACAAAUUAAAAAAUCUACUUUUGAUUAUGAAAUAAACUUAGCAAAAGAUGUAAAACAUAAUCCAAAACGCUUCUAUGCAUAUGCACAAAGAAAAAACCAGACACAUACAAAAUUGUUAGCACUUAAAACUAGUGACAACAAAAUAAUAACUGAUAAAAAAGUAAUUGCUAAUCUACUAAAUUGUAGUUUCCAAUCAGUAUUUGUCAAAGAAAAUCAAGAUUUACCAUAUUUCAGCAAUAAAACUAGUCAUUUAUUUGAAUGUGACUGGGACCAAGAACUAAAAGAAGAUAUUAUAUUUAAUUAUUUAUUAGAACUUAAUGAAAACAAGUCACUUGGUUGUGAUAACAUCAGUCCCUAUGUGCUAAAGCAUUGUGCAGAAGGAUUAUCCAAACCUUUGUGUUUAAUAUUCAAGAAAUCGAUACAUUCAGGAGAGCUGCCAGAAUUAUGA